UACAGAAUUCUCAAUCUGCCGGUAACCGGUGCUGCAGCGUGGAUCGACUGAGUUUGCCGUCGAUUCGCCGCCCGAUUCGGGUAGAUUUCUCUUCUUCCAAACUCGACCUGCCAGCUGCCCGAAAGCGUCCUGUGCUUCAUUUGGUGUUUUGCCUUAAAGGAGAGCAGCCGACAUUGAAGCACCAUGUUUCGGCUUCUGCGAACAGUCAACCACGUGGAUGUUGCUACAACAUCCCGCAUUCACAAGCUUGUCACCACGCGCUCCAGAGGACUCAAGACAUCGCUCUUCCGCAGCGCCGAAGCGAAGGACCCACCCCCCGCACCUAAGGGGAUCCCCCACAAUGAGCUACGGAUCGGUGUCCCAAAAGAGUCCUUCCCAAACGAGCGACGAGUAGCCUUGUCCCCAGCCGCUGUGCAGCUACUCACCAAGAAAGAUGGCUUCAACGUGGUUGUGGAGGAUGGAGCGGGACUCUCGGCUAACUUUCUGAAUAAAGACUAUGAAGAGGCUGGGGCAACUAUCAAGGGAAGGGAGGAAGCCUUUGCCUCGGACAUUGUCCUGAAGGUCCGGGCCCCGGCAAUGGAUGAGGUGGACCUUCUCGCUGAGCGUAAGAAUCUCUACAGCUUCCUGUACCCCGCCCAGAAUAAGGAGCUCCUCGACAAACUGGCCACUCGGAAUUCCUCAGUGUUUGCCAUGGACUGCGUGCCCCGCAUCAGCAGAGCCCAGGUGUUUGAUGCUCUGAGCUCCAUGGCUAACAUCGCCGGCUACAAGGCUGUCAUCGAAGCGGCCAAUAACUUUGGCAGGUUCUUCACGGGCCAGAUCACGGCGGCGGGGAAAGUUCCGCCGGCCAAGGUGCUGGUUAUCGGGGGAGGUGUUGCUGGUCUGGCCGCUAUGGGGGCAGCUAAGAGUAUGGGGGCCAUCGUCAGAGGUUUUGAUACCCGGGCUGCUGUCAAGGAACAAGUGCAGUCUCUUGGUGCUGAGUUCUUGGAGCUAGACUUUGUGGAAUCUGGUGAGGGCACUGGUGGCUACGCCAAGGAGAUGUCUCCCGAGUUCAUUGCAGCAGAGAUGGCUCUCUUUGCCAAGCAGUGUAAAGAGGUUGACAUUGUCAUCACCACCGCUCUGAUCCCUGGCAAGAAGGCACCUACACUGAUCACCAAAGAGAUGGUCGAGUCCAUGAAGGAAGGCUCUGUUGUGGUGGAUCUUGCGGCUGAAGCUGGGGGUAACAUUGAGACCACCAAACCAGGGGAGUUGUACAAGUACAAAGGGGUUACUCAUAUAGGUUACUCAGAUUUGCCCAGUAGGUUACCUACACAGUCUAGUACCUUGUAUGCUAAUAAUAUCAGUAAGUUGUUGCUGUCUAUGGGUGAGAAGCAGCACUUUAAUAUUGAUCUAGAGGAUGAGGUGGUUAGGGGGUCUAUCAUUCUCCAUGAGGGUAAGAUGAUGUGGCCUCCACCACCUCCGAAAGUGGUCCCCGGCCAGGCUGCACCAGUUGCUGCAGCUGCCGCCGCCAAAGAGGUCGUUGCAGUGCCAAGAAAUCCCUUCAACGACACUCUGAAGAGCUCGUUGAUGUACACCUUGGGGCUGAGUGCUCUGCACGGCAUCGGGGUGCUGUCCCCUGGCGCUGCCUUCAACACCAUGUUGACCACGUUUGGUCUGGCUGGUAUCGUGGGUUAUCACACCGUUUGGGGCGUCACACCGGCGCUCCACUCCCCUCUGAUGUCUGUCACCAAUGCCAUCUCUGGCAUCACAGCUGUCGGCGGGCUGCUGUGUAUGAGCGGUGGCUACUUCCCAGACUCCACGCCAGGCACCUUGGCAGCCGUGGCUGCAUUUAUCUCCUCCAUCAACAUCUUCGGUGGCUUCCUCGUCACUCAGAGGAUGUUGGAUAUGUUCCGUCGCCCCGGCGACCCGCCUGAGUACAACUACCUUUACGGUAUCCCAGCAGCGGCUGCCAUUGGUACGUACCUAGCAGGUCACCUCUCUGGGUACGACAUUCAGGACAUUGGUUACAUGGCUGCCUCUCUGUGCUGUGUUGGGGCUUUGAGUGGUCUCGCCUCUCAGACCACAUCUCGUGUCGGUAAUGCUUUGGGUAUCACAGGCGUAUCUACAGGUAUGGUGGCGACAUUGGCUGCAUUGAAGGCCUCCCCAGAGCUCUACACACAAAUGGCAGCAUGUAUUGGUGUUGGAGGAGUAAUCGGGUCCAUUAUCGCUAAGCGCAUGGCUAUCACUGAUCUACCGCAGCUAGUUGCUGCCUUCCACAGCUGCGUUGGUUUGGCAGCAGUCCUGACCUGUCUUGCCACGUACAUGGCUGAAGCAUCUCACUUUGCUCUAGACCCUUCCACAGCUGCCAUGACCAAGCUGUUCUUGUUCCUGGGCACAUACAUCGGCGGCGUUACCUUCACUGGUUCCAUUGUUGCAUAUGGCAAGCUGCAAGGCGUCCUUAAUUCAGAACCUCUCCUCCUGCCCGGCCGCAAUGCCCUCAAUGGUGGCAUGAUGUUGGCCAAUGUUGGAGCCCUUGGUUACUACCUCACCAACCCAGGUUACGCUGCUGAUCUGGGCUGCUUGACGGCUACCAGCGUUCUCUCCUCAAUCAUGGGCGUGACCCUGACGGCUGCCAUCGGAGGGGCGGACAUGCCUGUGGUCAUCACUGUCCUCAACAGCUACAGUGGAUGGGCACUGUGUGCAGAAGGCUUCAUGCUGAACAACAACCUGAUGACCAUCGUUGGUGCUAUGAUUGGCUCAUCGGGUGCCAUUUUGUCCUACAUCAUGUGUAAGGCUAUGAAUCGAUCCCUCCCCAACGUCAUCUUUGGGGGCUACGGUACCGUGUCCACCCGUGGCGGGAAGCCAAUGGAGAUCACCGGUACCCAUACAGAGAUCAACGACGACACCGCUGUGGAUAUGAUUGUCAAUUCACAGAACAUCAUCAUCACUCCUGGCUACGGUCUCUGCGUGGCCAAGGCCCAGUAUCCCAUUGCCGAACUGGUUGAUCUGCUCAAGAAGAAGGGUAAGAAUGUCCGUUUUGGUAUCCACCCGGUGGCCGGCCGCAUGCCCGGACAGCUGAAUGUACUCCUGGCUGAGGCUGGUGUCCCUUAUGACGUCGUCCUGGAGAUGGAUGAGAUCAACGAAGACUUCCCGGAGACUGACCUUGUCCUGGUCAUCGGUGCCAAUGACACGGUCAACUCGGCAGCUGAGGAAGAUCCCAACUCCAUCAUUGCGGGUAUGCCCGUCCUAAGGGUUUGGUCCUCUGCAGACGUCAUCGUCAUGAAGCGUACGCUAGGCGUAGGCUACGCGGCAGUUGACAACCCCAUCUUCUACAAAGAAAAUACGUCCAUGUUGUUGGGUGAUGCAAAGAAAUCUUGUGAUGCUCUGCUAAGCAAGGUCGUAUCAUACUAUGGCUCUUAAUGACUAGGUCACAAUUCAUUCACCAUAGAAUAGAACAGCCUUAUCUUUUGUGAAUCAAUCAUGUUCAAAAUGAAAUGUUCACAAAUUAAAAGUAAAAUGUCACUUUUGAUAUAAACUAUUCAGACCAAAGCUGUUAAGCUAUACAAUUGGUAGCAGUUUUAGUUUAUGUCAGAUUUUGGGCUAUGCAUUAAAUAAGAUCCUUUCAAAGUAAAAAGCCAUUUUUGCCAAAACAAAUAUUCAGACCAAAACGUAUAAGCUAUAUUAUGGGAGCAGUUUUAUUUAAUGCCAGAUUAGAACAAUGAAUUAAGUAUGAUUAUUAAGUUAUGCACAAUGCCGAAUACUCUAACCUCCUUAGUUUUAUUAAAGUGGAGUGCCAUAAUCUGCAGCAUUGAAUUUGUGGUCUGCGGGUAAUUCUGCAGGUUGCGGGUUCGAGUCCAGCUUGGGCUAGGCACUUUUUCACUCAUAGCUUCGCCCCACCUAGUAGUAAAUUGGGUACAUGUACCUGUGAGGGUAGAGAUGGUGCCAUUUCCGAGCUGUAUACUCCCCAGGGAGCUGAGAUUGUCUUAGGAAUGUUUCAUUGGCCCAAUGAGCAGGGUAAUAAUGAUGUAGCGCCUUGAGCACCAAUACUGGUGGAUAAGUGUGCUUGAUAAAUAUACAUUAUUUCAUCGAGCUGUAAGCACAUAAUUUUGCUGAGUACGGAAGAGAGUGUUACUGCGUUACCCAUUUUUUUUUCCCCCUGAUUAUUGCUCUGUACAUGGUUUUGCUAAGCAGCGUUUCUUCAUUGUAAAAAAAAAUAAGGGCAGGAAAGAAAUCAUUGAGAAAUUGAUGAUGGAUGGGGGAUGGGGGAUGAGGGCUACCUCCUUGAAUUAACUAGCUGUUACCAAUUACCCCCCCCCCCCCCGGCUUUUACUUAUCCAGAGGGGUUAGUAAAUAUGUUGUGACUCACAAUGUAAGGUUUUCUUUUGUAAGCACGGAUAACUCAGGAUUUGACCCGUUUUUUAUCAGAUGACCCAUCAAAAUUGGACUUGUAAUUACAAUUUAGGACAACCGUUUUGUUUGAUUGAGUUGCCACUUUUGAGACUUUUUUUCUCUCUCUAGUUUUUCAUCCAUGUCACAGACACCAUAAGUUAUUCACUAUUUUGACUCGGUUUAUGAAACUUUAAUUUUGUGAAUUUUUUUUGCUAACCAGUCAGUUAUCAUGCAUAACAAAAGUGGAAAUGUUUGUUUAUUGCAAUCAGAUAACAAAGAGAAAAAAUGUCGCUGACUCUUUCGUUUACCUCUCACAUUUCUUUUGUUUAUUUUUGGCUUAAAUUUUUCCAUUUUGAUUUUGCAAGAUAUUCUUAAGAGGAUCAAGACUUUAAUUGAUUUUGUCUUCACAAUGUUUUCUUCAUUAUUGAGCGUGUUUGUUUUUAAGAAGAAAAACAAAAUAUUUGAUUUUUGUGAUUAUAACAUCAUUUGUUGUGUUUACAUAAAUUAUAAAUUUGAAUUACUAUGAGUAUUUUUGUUAAGGGUUGCAUAUCAGUGUCGUGAUCAGAAAAAAAGUUCUUUGAUUAUUGAAAUGUAUGAUUUUCCCCUUUUUGCUUAAAACCAAUGAUUUAUAAUGCCAAUUAGAAAUUGAACUUGACUUUUAAUACUAUACCAGUUAAAUUGCUUAAAGCAAAAAAAAAAAAUCAUAUUCUGAAAUGUAUAGCUUUGAAUACGCGAUUGUGGUCACAAUGACAAAUUUGUUUAUUGUAUUUUUGGAUUCUUUGGUUGGGAUUGAAGGUUUGCUGAUGUAACGUUUCUCGAUUGCUUUCACCAGGAUUUAAAAAGAUGAGAAAAAAACCCAAAACAAUAUAAACUGAUGCAAAUACCAUGGAAAGGUAUUGAUGUAAAAUCAUGUAUUCAGAGAAAAAAAUAUAUCUUUAAAUUUGAACAAGAUAUUCAGUAAUGUACAUUCAACCAAUAAUUACCCUGUAGUCUGUAAUUAUCUCUUUUAACAGAGCAUUGUGUUUUACCUAGAAACCAAGUUAGCCUGACAUGCACAACACUCAAGAAAAGUUGGAGGGUAUGUUAAAAAAUCUUAUUAACACACAUGGCUAUAUUUGCCAGAAGUAUAAGAGGUUGCCGUGAUGUGUUUAUUAACACUGAAUAAAAUGAGACAGAAAACCAA